AUGAAUUUUAUUAUAUGGAAUUGUCGUGGAGUUGGUGGAAAGGGUUUUCCUACUUUGAUUAGAGAUCUGAGGAGAGAGUUUGAAGCUAAUUUCAUAAUUCUUCUUGAAACCCAUGUUAAUGGGGACCGUGGCAAUAAGAUUCGAGAAAAGAUGGGUUUUGAUGGCGUCUUUGUGGAGGAAUCUAGAGGGCACUCGGGAGCUAUCUAUGGCAGUCCUCAAAGAGGUCAGAGAAAGGAGUUAUGGAGUUGUCUUAAUUCUAUUAGUCAGAAUAUCUCUUCCCCAUGGUGUAUUGCUGGUGAUUUUAAUGCCAUGCUUCACGCUCACGAAAGGAAGGGAGGAUCAUUGAAUCAGAUCCAGGGAGCUUGUACUGAUUUUCAAACUUGUGUGUCUGAAUGCGGGUUGAUGGAUUUGGGUUUUUCUGGCUGGCCGUUUACUUGGAAGCGAGGAAAUUUAUUUGAGAGACUUGACCGAGGUUUGUGCAACUUGGAUUGGCAAAUUAUCUUCCCUGAUGUUAAAGUCAAACACUUGGCUAUGAUGAAGUCAGAUCAUACUCCUCUCUUAUUUCAGCUUGCUUCUCCUCAACCCUUUAACAGAAGAAGGAGACCUUUUCGUUUUACUGCAGCAUGGCUUACUCAUUCAGAUUUCGGUAAUGUUGUAAAAAAUAAUUGGAGCUGGCAGAACUCUUGGUCUAAUUGUAUUUCAAAUUUCCAAGAUGCUGUUAGAAUUUGGAACUCUUCUGUAUUUGGGAAUAUCUUCUUCAAAAAGAAUAGGAUUCUUCGUAGAUUAAAUGGUAUUGCCACCAGUCUUAAUUUGAAUAGCAAUUUUUUUUAG